AUGUACCCUGACAGUGUUUUGAUUGGAUUGGUGAAAAGAAUGAUACACGACAAGCUAGAGACAUUACCUCGAGCAUUCAGGGACUGUCCAAUAGAAGAUUGGUGUGGGAGGAACUACGGGGGGAGUUAUGUGCACCGUUUCAAAGCCUCAUCUCAAAAGAGAUCAGCUCUCUUUUCGUUAACAACUAACUUAGCCACCCAUGUCACCAUAAAUACAAACCAGUUGGGAAAGGCACUUAGGGGAAAUGAAGAUUACAAUCUUUUCUUGCAAGAAAUUUUCUUAUUCAUACAAAAUUACAUAUCAGAAUUAGCUUGGCAGGGCUACAGAGUGUCCGAUACUUAUGCUAUACCCCCCAAUUGCCCGGAUUGCACCUAG